GUAAAAAAAAAAAAAAAAUUUGCUGUAUCAACUCAGGGAAACAGUAGCCUUACUGUUUUUAAACUGCAGCAAGAACUUAAAUAUCAGCAAUGAAGCAAUGAUAUCUGAGAACAAAAGAACAUUUUCCAGCUAACUGUCAUCACAAUUUCAAGUGAUUGUAUAAGCACAAACAAGCUGCAACAGACUCUGUCAGCCAGCUAUCGAGAGAAUGCUUUCUUCUGAUGCUGUUUAUUUAUGAGUUUUAGUAUAGAUCAUUUACAUUAUAUGUAUAGCAAAUGAAAUCAAAAUGAGUGAAGCCCCUAGAUUCUUUGUCGGGCCUGAAGAUACUGAAGUAAAUCCUGGAAAUUAUCGACACUUCUUCCACCAUGCAGAUGAAGAUGAUGACGACGAAGAUGAGUCUCCACCGGAAAGGCAGAUUGUGGUUGGAAUAUGUUCCAUGGCAAAGAAAUCCAAAUCCAAACCAAUGAAAGAAAUUCUUGAACGAAUCUCCUUAUUUAAAUAUAUCACAGUAGUAGUAUUUGAAGAGGAUGUUAUUUUGAAUGAACCAGUGGAAAAUUGGCCUUUAUGUGAUUGUCUUAUUUCGUUCCAUUCUAAAGGAUUUCCACUGGACAAAGCAGUUGCCUAUGCAAAACUCAGGAAUCCAUUUGUAAUCAAUGACUUGAAUAUGCAGUAUCUCAUACAAGAUAGGAGAGAAGUGUAUAGUAUCCUUCAAGCUGAAGGUAUUUUACUUCCUCGUUAUGCAAUUUUGAACCGUGACCCAAAUAAUCCCAAAGAAUGCAAUCUGAUUGAAGGGGAAGAUCAUGUUGAAGUAAAUGGAGAAGUUUUCCAAAAGCCAUUUGUAGAAAAGCCAGUAAGUGCAGAAGAUCACAAUGUUUACAUUUAUUAUCCAACGUCUGCAGGUGGUGGAAGUCAAAGACUCUUUCGAAAGAUUGGCAGUAGAAGUAGUGUUUAUUCCCCAGAAAGCAAUGUACGAAAAACGGGCUCAUAUAUAUAUGAAGAAUUUAUGCCCACAGAUGGUACUGAUGUUAAGGUUUAUACAGUGGGUCCAGAUUAUGCCCAUGCUGAAGCUCGAAAAUCUCCAGCACUUGAUGGCAAGGUAGAACGAGAUAGUGAAGGAAAAGAAGUAAGAUACCCUGUUAUUCUCAAUGCACGAGAGAAAUUAAUUGCUUGGAAAGUCUGCCUUGCUUUUAAGCAAACAGUCUGUGGCUUUGAUUUGUUACGGGCCAAUGGACAGUCCUAUGUCUGUGAUGUCAAUGGCUUCAGUUUUGUGAAAAAUUCCAUGAAGUAUUAUGAUGAUUGUGCAAAAAUACUUGGCAAUAUUGUAAUGCGAGAGCUUGCUCCACAAUUUCAUAUUCCCUGGUCAAUACCCUUAGAAGCUGAAGAUAUCCCAAUUGUACCAACUACAUCUGGAACUAUGAUGGAACUUAGAUGUGUUAUAGCUGUCAUACGUCACGGGGAUCGAACACCAAAACAAAAAAUGAAAAUGGAAGUGAGGCAUCAAAAAUUUUUUGAUCUUUUUGAAAAGUGUGAUGGAUAUAAAUCUGGGAAAUUAAAACUCAAAAAGCCAAAACAAUUACAAGAAGUGCUAGAUAUUGCACGACAACUUCUUAUGGAGCUUGGGCAAAAUAACGAUUCUGAAAUUGAAGAAAACAAGUCAAAACUUGAGCAACUUAAGACUGUAUUGGAGAUGUAUGGCCAUUUCUCUGGAAUAAAUCGUAAGGUCCAAUUGACCUAUCUUCCUCAUGGUUGUCCUAAAACAUCUAGUGAAGAAGAAGACAGCCGAAGAGAAGAGCCAUCCUUACUUUUGGUUCUAAAAUGGGGAGGAGAACUAACCCCUGCAGGCAGGGUUCAGGCUGAAGAACUUGGAAGAGCUUUCAGGUGUAUGUAUCCUGGAGGUCAAGGAGAUUAUGCAGGAUUUCCUGGUUGUGGUUUACUUAGAUUACAUAGUACCUACCGACAUGACCUCAAAAUAUAUGCAUCUGAUGAGGGACGAGUCCAGAUGACUGCAGCUGCUUUUGCAAAGGGACUAUUAGCUUUAGAAGGAGAGCUUACACCUAUUCUUGUUCAGAUGGUAAAAAGUGCAAACAUGAAUGGUCUCUUGGAUAGUGAUAGUGACUCUUUGAGCAGUUGUCAGCAACGUGUGAAAGCAAGACUUCAUGAAAUACUUCAGAAAGACAGAGAUUUUACUGCUGAAGAUUAUGAAAAGCUUACUCCAUCUGGAAGCAUUUCCCUUAUCAAAUCAAUGCAUUUAAUUAAAAAUCCUGUGAAGACCUGUGACAAAGUUUAUUCCUUUAUUCAAAGUUUGACUUCUCAAAUCAGACAUCGGAUGGAAGAUCCCAAGUCUUCAGAUAUUCAGCUUUACCAUAGUGAGACAUUAGAGCUUAUGCUACGCCGAUGGUCCAAGUUGGAAAAAGACUUUAAAACAAAGAAUGGAAGAUAUGACAUUAGUAAAAUCCCUGACAUAUAUGACUGCAUAAAAUAUGAUGUCCAGCAUAAUGGUUCCUUGAAAUUAGAAAAUACAAUGGAAUUAUAUAGACUUUCAAAGGCAUUAGCAGAUAUUGUUAUCCCUCAGGAAUAUGGUAUAACUAAAGCUGAAAAACUGGAGAUUGCCAAAGGCUACUGUACUCCUCUAGUUAGAAAAAUUCGUUCUGACCUUCAGAGGACACAAGAUGAUGACACUGUAAAUAAACUCCAUCCUGUGUAUUCCAGAGGUGUUCUGUCCCCCGAUCGUCAUGUGCGUACUAGAUUGUAUUUCACCAGUGAAAGUCAUGUGCAUUCUUUACUCUCUAUUCUUCGCUAUGGUGCCUUAUGCAAUGAAUCAAAGGAUGAACAGUGGAAACGAGCUAUGGAUUAUUUAAAUGUUGUCAAUGAACUCAACUACAUGACUCAGAUUGUUAUCAUGCUUUAUGAGGAUCCUAACAAGGAUCUUUCCUCAGAGGAACGCUUUCAUGUUGAAUUACACUUUAGUCCCGGAGCCAAAGGAUGUGAAGAAGAUAAAAAUUUACCAUCUGGCUAUGGGUAUAGACCAGCUUCCAGAGAGAGUGAAGGCAAGAGAUGUUCUCUUAAAAUUGAUAGUGAUGAUGAACCACAUACUUCUAAAAAAGAUGAGGUUGAUCGAGCUGUGCUAUUAUUCAAACCUAUGGUAUCAGAGCCAAUUCAUAUACAUAGAAAAUCUCCACUUCCAAGAUCUAAGAAGAUGGCUGCAAAUGAAGAAGAGAGCCCCCUGAGUGUGUCUAGCCCAGAGGGUACUGGUACCUGGCUGCAUUAUACCAGUGGUGUGGGUACUGGGCGUCGAAGACGCAGAUCAGGGGAACAAAUCACUUCUUCCCCUGUCUCCCCCAAAUCAUUGGCUUUCACAUCCAGUAUUUUUGGCUCAUGGCAACAGGUUGUAUCUGAAAAUACUAAUUACCUGCGUACACCAAGAAAUCUUGUGGAACAGAAGCAGAAUCCUGUAGGGUCUCACUGUGCGGGCCUGUUUAGCACCUCGGUGCUCGGGGGUUCUUCAAGCGCACCUAACCUACAGGAUUAUGCUCGUACUCAUCGUAAAAAGCUGACCUCUUCUGGCUGCAUAGAUGACGCCACACGCGGUUCUGCUGUUAAAAGGUUUUCUAUCUCAUUUGCUCGACACCCAACCAAUGGUUUUGAAUUAUAUUCCAUGGUGCCAUCUAUUUGUCCUCUAGAAACUCUUCACAAUGCCCUGUCUUUAAAGCAGGUGGAUGAAUUUCUUGCUUCCAUUGCUUCUCCAUCAAGUGAUGUUCCACGGAAGACCCCUGAAAUUUCCUCGACAGCUUCACGUUCCAGUCCAGUAGUAAGAAGAAAAAUAUCUCUAAAUACAUACACACCUGCAAAGAUCCUCCCGACACCAUCAACUACCUUAAGGAAUACUAAAGCAAGCAGCAAACCAGCUACCAGUGGACCUUCUAGUGCAGUUACUCCUAGUACCUCAUCUCGGAAAAAGAGUAUAUCUAGCAAAACAGAAGUGCAUGAACACAAAAAAAACACUGGGAAGAAGAAAUAAAAUCUUCUUAGUAGAAGCUAGAACUUCUUAUACCAAUGAAAAUCACGUUAAAUAGAAAAAGAUAACUAAUAAGCCUUGACUGAAAACUGUUAAAGCAAGUAAUUUAUGUUUCUCUUUACACAUCUCUGUAUUCAUUUUAAAAAUGUUUUUAAAUCUUGAGGAUUCAUUGUAUGUAUUCAGGUAAGGAACUUAGUCUAGAAACAUUUAAAAUAAUGUUUAUUAGCAUUUUGUGGGUAGCAAAACUUACAAUGAUAAAGGUCUGCUGUUCUUAAUAUCAUGUUUACCAUGGACCUGUGAUAAAGAAAAGAAAUAAAUGCCCCCUGGCCUGUACCAGUGUCACACCGGUGAUGUUACUUACUAAAGAGUCUGAUGAGGUGGCUUUGCAGAUAAUUUUCUUUUCUCCGGAUUGCAUCUUGGCUGUAAAAACCUUUGACUUAAAUUGAAAUUUGCCAGAAUUUCAUACUAGGGCCUUUUUUUUUAAGUGCAUUUUUCCAGAGAGAUUUCAUUGACCAUUUAAUUAGAAGCUUUUUUCCCCAAUUGUUAAAGUAACAUAUAUGCUGCAAUAUUUAAUAACUGGAAUAUUGAUGUAUGGGAUAUUUUUUUUCAAUCUAUGCUUGAAUUUUUUAUUGUGUGUUAUUUAAAACAUUACAUUUACAACUGGUAUAGCUAUACCUUUAUGCACAUCAAUUUAUAUGUUAAUUUGUAGAAAAUAUUUUCUUUAUAUAUUUCCUUAUAAGAGGUGCUUUUGUUCAUCAGGAAAAGUUUGCUUCACAUAUUGGCAAGAAUAGCACCUUUUGAAUUUCUUUUUAAGAGAUAUAGUUGACAAAUUUGUAAAUAUUACACUUCUUUUAGAUCUAAGGAACUCAAUUCAGAAAUGGAAAUCGUCAAUGUUAGAAGAAUAUCUGAAUUCUGUAAAGUUAGUAGGUAUUGUGUGUAUCAUCUGUUCUUACCAUUUCCAUUCUUAUCUCUAAUGUAUCAGUCUCACUGAGAAUCUGACGCUUGAAGAUUGAACAUUUGAAGUAAAUGUUCUUUACAACUGACUAGAUUUUUGAAGGGAAAUUGACAUCAGUGUGUUGUGAUUUCAUCUGCAAUGUGAAAAAAAUUUAUUAUAUUUGGUGCUUUUUUUCCUCUGAUGCACAAAUAAUUAUGAACUACUUGAGAUGACUUAAACUGUAAACCAAACAGUGCAACCUAAUAAGAAAUGCAUUGAAUGUUAGAUAAUUUAAAUUGCUAAGACUUUAGCUUGAAGCUUACAUUUAGACAAAGAAAUUUCUUGAAUUCUCUUCAUAUAAAUACAACUAUUGUAAUUCUUCAAAAGAGACUCUGCUAACCUUAAAUUGCCGCAUCUGGACUGACUUUUAGAAAAUAAUCAUAUUACGUGUUAUUUUAUGUACCAGGUACAAGUCACAAGUAUAUAUAAUUAUAUGUGUUCUUAUACUUCAUCAUACUUCACAUGAAUGUAAAUGAGUUAUAUGGAGACAUGUCUUGUAAACAGUUGAAUGUACCAAAGUUUUCUGUAUGUAAAAAUGUGGUAAAUGUGUUUAUCGUGGGGAUGAGGAAACAACUUUUAUUUUUAAGUGGAACUGAAUUAAAAUAUCAGUUUGUUUCUAUAUCAGAGUGACUUAAAUGAUAAAUUAUUAUUUAUGUUCUUUGAUUAUCUCUUUCCUUUUAGCUUUCAAAGUACAAAGAAUGAGGAAAACAAUUUUAAUAUUAAAUAAUACUUAUCAUCGAUAUUAAAUCAAAUUUAUAUUGGCCAUACACAUAAUAUCAUAUUACUUUUCCACAGCAGUUACCUACAGGUUACUAGAAAGUAUAAUACACUCACUUUUUCCAUUAUUACCAGGACUGUGACUUCACUAUACUCACUAAGCUCUGUAGCUUUGCAGUGAAGACUAAGAAGUUUUACUUGCAAGAAUCCUAGAAUUAUUUUCAAAAGCAAAGUCUUCACCAGUACUGCUCAAACUAUUUCAGAGCGUAGAAAAGGAAGGAAUACUCCUAAAUUCAUUCCUUAAAGCCAACAUAACCCUGAUAUCAAAGCU